CUGUUACCGGAGGAAGAUGGCUCGACACAUUUGCCGGCGAUGCUUUAAAUAUAAAAAAUUAUCCAUUUGCGCGAUAACAAUAGUGUUUUUACAAUUUGCAAUGUUUUAUAUGUUUAGUUUUGAUAAAGAUUUCCGUGAUGGCAAAAUUGGAAACAAGAAUGGAAAAGACCCGCCUGAUGCCGUACAACUUCAGCACUUAUUUACACAGACAUUAGAUACUCAUUUUAUAGACAAUAACACAAUCAAUGUGCCACUAUCAUAUAAGCCAAAGUGUCUCAUUACUGGCAAGGAGGCAAUGUCGGCCAUCAACCGGUCCAAAACACCGGGCUGUAAACAAGAGAUUGCAGAUGUCUACUGCCUUUCCCAGGAGGGAAAACUUUACCCAACUAGUCUACCUAAUACCUGUCCAUAUAAAGGCACAUACAGCAAAGGCCAUCAUCUGGGUUGUUUCCGUGACAACUUGCAGAUUCGUGACUUACGAUUUCAUACAGACUUCCCAGAGGACAACUCACCAACCAAAUGCACAAACUUCUGUCUACUUUUAGGGUAUGUAUAUGCCGGGCUACAGUAUAGUAAGGAAUGCUGGUGUGGGAACAAUUACGGAACACACAAAAUGGAGGAAGAAGGCAGGUGUGUAAGUAGCUGUCCGGGCAGCAAGGAAGAGAAAUGUGGUGGAUACCUUGCCAAUAGUAUCUACAGCACUGGUCUUAGGGAGAAAAUACUUGCUGAGGCGUCACUAAUAUCAGACGAUACACAAAUGGAGAUGCAAGAUGAGACGGUGAAAAUCGUGUUUGUUUUCACUGUGAAUGGGCGAGCCGUUCGUCAGGUCCGCAGGCUGAUUAAGGCCAUAUAUCAUCGUGAUCAUUACUACUACAUACAUGUAGAUAAGAGGCAGGAGUUCUUAUUUCGAGAGUUACUUCCCCUUGAAAAGCAGUUUUCAAAUAUCCACCUGGCACGAACACGGUUUGCAACAAUUUGGGGUGGAGCAAGUCUCCUUGACGCCCACCUCCAUUUUAUAGAGGAGUUGCUUGGCAUGAAGGAUUGGAAGUGGGACUAUUACCUUAACCUGAGUGAGAGUGACUACCCUAUAAAGCGGUUGAAGACAUUAGAACUUUUCUUGACCAAACACAAGGGUCAUACAUUCCUGAAGUCACAUGGCAGGGAAACGAUGCGGUUUAUACAAAAGCAGGGAUUAGAGAACACGUUUUUGGAGUGUGAAAACCACUUAUGGAGGGUGGCACCUCGAACCCUUCCCAGCGGCUUUCGUCUAGACGGAGGAAGUGAUUGGGUCACCCUCCAUCGAGACUUCUGUAUCUACGCCUCUCAGUCCAAGUCGGAGCUGGUGUCUGGGCUCAAGCAGGUGUUUAAGUACACACUACUGCCGGUUGAGUCGUUCUUUCACACGCUGAUCCACAACAGCCCGUUUUGUGACAAGUGUAUCGACAACAACCUUCACAUGACAAACUGGCGUCGACGACAGGGCUGUAAGUGCCAGUAUAAACACAUUGUAGACUGGUGUGGCUGCUCCCCUAACGAUCUCAAGUCCACCGACUUUGACAGACUCCUGGCCUAUGAGCAUAAGCCUACAUUCUUUUCGAGGAAGUUUGAAGCCAUUGUCAACCAGGAGAUCAUCAACAGUUUGGAUAUCUACCUGUUUGGAAAGACCAACGAAGAGAUGAGUGACCAUUACUGGCAAAAUGAAUACCAUCACUUUGACGUCAAUACCAAGAAAAAAGAUGAACAUCAUUCUUUCUAUAUGUCCUUCCUCCGUCGGGCUGCUAAGGACCUUGAACUUGAAGCUCAAUGUCGAAUUCGUCCGCAAAAACUGUUGGAGGUACACCUUCUAUACAUCCGUGACCGUUUCAAUGGAGUUCUGACUCUCUAUGAGGCUCUGGAUGAAAAUACUGGAAAUAUUGUAACCAUGGAGACGCAUGUACAAUGGGAGAGAAAUUAUGCUGUGAUAAAACCAGUUGGGCCUAUUGGAAGACUAAUAAGUCUAGAGGUUGGAACUGACUUUGACUUGAAAGAAUUGAUAUUUAGGAAUUACGCCCAGCUUUUAGGGCCUUACAGUGACCUUGUCCUGCGACACGUUUGGGGUCAAGGUAUGGAAUUCACAGUCUCUGUUGCUUGGAUCGACCCUGCUAAUGUCAUAGCAGCAUCUUACGAAGUGACUGUGCCAAAAUCAAGCAUUGAAUAUAUAGGCAACCACAAACCACAACUGUCUGUCCCUCUGCGACCCGGUGUUUGGACGGUGAAACUGAUGCACCAUUGGACUGUACUUGCAGAGACAAAGUUUCUUGUUAUACCUCUUAUCAUGAUGAACGGCCAACCAAUUAAUCCGGUUGAGUCCGAAUUAUCUCAUGGUGGGCCACAGGAAUUUUACGCAUCCAAGGACUUUUCGGAAUUCAGGAACGUCCUGAAAAUUAAUGCAUCCGAUGCAUUUAUAAAUGAUGCUUUAUUUAAUAGUAAAAAGACGGGGGCAGCUUUGGAAUCCUGGAUUGACCUUUUAACUCAGAAAUUCUGGUCGAUACAAUCAACCUGUUCCGUUAAUGCAGAACACUGCCCACAAAUUGACCUUUGUGACACAACUUCUUGGAGUUCAAGGUCACCUGAUCCAAAAUCUGAAAUCCGGGGGAUUGAUGAACGUACGGGACUCUUGGUCAGCUGACACAAAAACUCAACUACAUUGAGAUUUUCAAGCAAAUAACUGUGAUAUAUUUAGUCAAAACAAACUUGUUUGUGUGGCAGGAUUUGGGUGGUUUUUUUUAAAUAGCAGCAAUGUAUCUCUAAAAGAUAUUUAUCAUAAUGUGUUCAAAGUCUGUUACCAAAAAAAAAAUCAAAAUGAUUUUAAUUCAUCAAGAUCAUCAUAAUUACCUUAUGGGCAUCAAAACAUGGUAGUAAAUGAACUGGAACUGUAUCUGAUUUCAAAUUCAUUUACACAUUCAAAUUAACUGCAAAGGGACCAAAAAACUUUUUUAAUUACCAUUCAAAAUAUUUAUGAAACUGUUAGCAUUGACUGUGUUCUAUCAAUCUUUUCUUAAUUUAGCAUUAAAAGUUCUGGUCUUGGAAUAUAUUUGUUCAAAAUAUGAACGUAAAAUGCCCACCAUUUGUAGUUUUAUACGUCUGUAAUAUAUUUUCACCUUUAUGAUACAGUCAUUGCAAAAGUUAUCAUUACUGAGGGAUAUGUUGUUGGUUUUUCUUUGUUAUACGCUGUACCAUGUAAUUGUUUAGAUGGUGGUUUUGAGUAAAAUACAUCGGAGGCUGGAUGGUCGUACAAAAAUGACUGCAUUUCUUAUACCAGCAAGUUAUCUGUAUUUGUUAUCUUUCAUUGUUAUACUAUAAUUUUAGUAUUUUCUUGGUGCUUUUGGUAAUAUUUUUCUGAUCCGAGACGAAUUUCGCCUAGAGAUGGUAUCUUUAUUAUUUACACAACUGAUACUGGGUAUUAGCAAUAUUUGGUUAUUUUGUUCCUUGUUUUAGAGGUUUUACAAAAUCUCAAUGCACUGCUGAAAGCUAU